AUGGCUUGUACUGACUGUCGAGCAACGCAUAGCGAAGGACUGAAUGAUAAAUCAUAUCAUAGAAUUUUCGAGGCGCUAUUUCGCUGUGUUGCUAUUGAGAAAUCAAUACACAACCGCUCGAGCAAACCGAGCUCCAGAAGCGUAUCUGUGUCUCGUCUUCCACUGUGUGCCUCUGCAUUCAGAGCUACAAUAGAGGUAUCUGUCCCUCUUUUACGGACAAAAACAGUCCAUGCCAUAAUUGAUCAUGUUGUCCAAACUAUAAACCGGCCAGGAGAUGGAUUAUGGGAGCUCCUUGGACACGACUACAUCAAAGGCCUUAGACUGCUUCUGGAAUAUCCAGCCCAUGUGGAACAUCUAACCGAAAGUGACUGGAUUGAUGCUGCUACGCUUUGCCUUCUGUGUCUCAGUCAGGCCGGAAAUGAGGGAAUCCUACUUAGUAUCCGAACGAGCUAUCGCUCAUCAUCUGAGGUCUUGAAUGCCGAAAGUAGUCGACUGACGCCUAGUCGAUCGAUUUCUGCUCGAAAUGCAUCGUCUUCAAUAUCACAAGCAACUAGAAGUAUCUCCGACGAAGCCGUGUUGUGCAUUCAACUUCUUACUUCGACACCAACUGCUCCUUUACAAGACAUUGCUAGACAGCUCAUGAGUGAGCUCUUAGUAUAUCUAUCUCAGUCGACAGCAGCCAACGCCCACCAGGCUCUAAAAGCUAUUAACAACACCCUCGAAAGAGUUAUAUGCGAUCAAUGCGCCUUAGUCGAGGAAAUUAUCCCGGAUAUAUUUCCUGUCAUUCGUCGCCUUUGGCUAACAAAGUCAUUGGCUGUGAAGGAUGAAGCCCUCGUUACCAUGAUGUUGUGCAUGGAUCUUCUGCAUAUCAACGCAGAGUCAUCUUUAUUGCAGACAUCAUUUCAAACACUUGAGGAUCUCCUAGAGACUUUAGAAUCUGAAUAUCUUAAACGUCCGGACAAAGAGCACUUGCAAAUUGAAGAUCUAGUCUUUUAUCAAAGCGAUGACUGCAUCAAACAAUUUCGUCUUUUUGGACCUCGCCUUGGUAAUACGAGAUCUGAACACAACUGGACUUUGCUGUGGACGAUUUCAAGUCUAAUCAGCGUCAUUGACAACGCAUCAGACCGAUUUUCAAAGCCCAAUGAUGAUGAGUCGGCACCAAACAAGAGACCACGUCUAUCAUCACGCAUGGAUGAUUUGUCACGAGAAUGCAUCACCUCUACCGGAUUAAGGAGAGGGUAUUGUUUACAAUUGGUAUCCUUUUUAGCAAACCAAAUAUCUGUCGAAGUUAAGGCUUCUAUUUUGAGUCGCUUAGCUGUGAACAUUAUAGACGACAAUCCUUCCACGGCGAAUUGGACUUUGUUAACCAUAGCAAAUCUUGUUGACAAUUCUGGCAGUAUCGCGUUAAGCGACAUUUCGAGAUCUUCGUUGCUUAAAUCACAUUGGAAGCAAAUAUGGGAUCUAUCAUCUCGGGCAUGUGCUUCCCAGGUCAAUACGAGAGCUGCCUGCGCCUUAAUGGAGACUAUUUUGCGCUUAGAGCUCGUUGAGAACGCAGAGGCAACGGAUACAAUACGGUUGAUGUUGUCCAGUAUGGAUAUCAAUGGACCAUCAGCUUUGUGUGACACCUCCUUGCUACUUCUGGCCAGAAUAUUCAACAAACGCUUACAUACAGCGUCUGGCCUUGGUGCUGGAAGCGAGAAAAUUCAAGCUGCGCAAGUCGCUUUAUUCGCCCGCCCGGCAAAUUUUCUUAGCUUUCUACUCUCGAUUACUAACAAGACGGCAUCUCUACGCAAUCUAGAGUAUCAGGGUACAGUAGCUACCAUUUCAAGCGCUUGGUUUCGCCAUCGUGAGAGAAAAUCACUUAAAGAUUACCUCUUUUCGUUUGACAACCAAGCCAUCCUAAAUGAUCUUUGGUAUUUCGAAGAAACAUUCCUGUCAUUGGAAUCUUCAGCCAGAAGUGACGCAAAUGAUCAUAUCGCGAUAGAAUUGCUGCAAACAAAGGUAGAUACUUUUUCACAGGCGUGGAAGAUGAUGUCCGAAGAAAAGUCACACUACAUUACAACAGACAUAUUCAAGAUUGUGGUUUCUGCAUGCAUUGUUGUCGCACUAUUUGUUGAAUGUCUUCCUCAACCUCAGAGUAAGCGUGUCACCGAUUUACGGAAAUCUGGCUUUCGCCUUUGGUCAGAUAUCUGUAAUCACAUCCCGUCAAGGGACGGCCUUAUGCAGGCAUGCCUAAGCAUUCUAUCGCCCGUGGUUUCAUCUGGCUCAUGUGCACUAGAUUAUGCGGAUCCUACAUCACGAGCUUUACGCGACCUUGCCCUCCCUCUCGUUGACACUCUGAAAAGGAGUAAAUCAAAACAAGAAGAUGCCUACUUGGAUGACCCUGACGCAAUGGACUUCGAUGAAGCUUCCUCGUCCCAGCAGGAUGAGCUAGCAAGCAAUGUCAUCUUGUGUUAUAACCGGCACGAUUGUUGUGCAUUUCCUGAAAUGAACACCUUUGAGCACUGCCUAUCGAUACAACUUACUCUCUUUCUCCUUGGUGACAAAUCAGCGAAAGUAAUAGGACCCUCAAAUGAGACCUCACUUUUGGGUUACUUGAAAUCCCUGAAUGACGUGGAUGUCUUGUCAGCGCGAAGACUUUUGUCUCGGCUUUUUCAAGAGUCUCACCGUUUUACCCGUACUGAUAUACUGGAAAUCGUGGAGCAUUUUGGAGAAAUUUGCUUACAGACGUAUCAAUUAGAGCGAUGUGAAAGCGCACAGUGCUUCUCUAUUCACAUGAUGGAGUGUUUCGUUGAUUCGUGGACCAGAAAUGAGAGUGACGAUCUCAAUGAUUCUGCUGCGGACCUGUACGGUUGGUUUAUACAAGUGUUUAUAAAGAAGAAAAAGGGGUCAUCCAGAGUCUUGAUUGCUCUCUCUCGCUUGCUAGAGAAAGUCAUCUUUUUGAACCCUACUUUCAGCGUGGACAACGCGGGCCCCUCCCCUCGGACAAGCUUAUUCAACAUUCUUCGUGAUGGCGAUACAAUGGUGAAAUUCACGAUUGCCAGCUGUAUCUCCAAUGUGUUCAGUCGCUUUCUUCUCAAAGACCACGAGAAGAUUUUUGACGAUGUCCUGGAGAGUCUGCCUACAGACCCGGAUUGGAAUGAAGGUAUUGCCUUACGACUUUAUAUUCUUGGGUGCUUAGCAUCGCGAUGGCCUACUCUUCUCCGAAGAAGCAUCUACCAUAUCUUUGAAACUCCUGCGCAAGUGUCCGCAUCAACCCGGUACGCUCAAAAGUGUCUGUUAGAUGUCUCUCGCUCAUUAAGACUACGGGAACCAAAAGAUAUUUUCCGGCUUUUUAUGCCUCAAAUUCUUUACACUUGGACUGAGACCCAGUCUAUAUUUUCAAUGCCUUUCACAAUAUUUGGUUACUCGAGUCUAAAGGAGAUGCUUCAAGAUUCUCAGGAUGAAUUGGUUGGACAAAUCAUGAUGAGAGCUAGCGAUCAUGAUGCCGAGGAGGUAGCUAAGCAUCUUGAAAAGCCAUUCACUGUGUUAUUGCAUGAAUCAUUCCAUAAAGCUGAAGCUUACACAGUGGCUCGUGAUAUCAGCCUACCGCCUUCUCAGGAUAGUCAGCCUAAGGGAGUGGAGAGCCGAGUAAAGAAAGUUCUUGGUAUAGAUCAAUUCGCACAGUCAGUUGAGAUGAAAUUUCCCGAAAUUAUUGGUGCCCUUUUCAAAUCACUUUCCCAGGAAGAACAAAUUGAACGUGCAUUUGCAAAACGACCUAGUUUUGGCUACGCGGCUGAAAUCCUCAAGCGUAUCACAGGAAAAAGUCUCUCUGCUUCUGUACUUCCAGGCAAUCAGCAGCCGUCAUUCAGGGCUCGAUAUCUUCUCGACGAGCUUGAAUAUAUCUGCAAACGAGCUGGGUAUGACCUAAAAUCUAUGUGGACGCCAGCGAUGGUCUCGUUUGUAUGCCGUAUGCUUCUUGACUCUAUGGACCCUGCCCUUGGGUCUCUUCACGCCUGUGCAGUUCUUAGAAAAAUUCGGAUUCUGGUCUGCGUUUCUGGACCGAUCAUGUCUCAAGAUUACCCCCUGGAGCAGCUUUUAAAUGCACUUCGGCCGUACCUGACAGAUUUUCAUUGCUCCGAGGAUGCACUGGGUCUGUUUUGGUAUCUUCUCGAGUCGGGAAAAUCAUAUCUCACUGGACAUCCAGGAUUUCUUGCAGGUGUUGCUGUGUCGACGCUUGUAUCAUUGAGAAAUUUUCUGCGAUCCUCACCGGAAAGCACCACCCAAGAGAGUCAAUUCAAGACAGUCCUAUCCAAGUUUCAAAAAUUUCGACAGUGGCUCGGGGACUAUCUGGAGGACUAUCGACCAACGAAUCUUGAUGAACAUUCUGCAGAGUCAUUGCGGCGAAUGGUGAGAUCGUCGAAGCAUAUUUGCAAUACAGGCAAUUCUGAAAAGGGUACAUAUGAAAGUGAGCUUCUGCUCGAGCUGCUUCGUGACAGAGCCUCCAGUAAGAGGCUCUUGAGCCCAUCAGUGUCUGAUCUUGUUCUCUCGCUGCUCUGUGUUGAGUUUAGGAUGUCUUCAGACUUAUUCAAUGACAUCCUGGGGGAUGAUAGCGAGUCAUCUAGACAUAGUGUCGCUGUCUGGCAAAGCAUUCAGAAUGGGCUAACUGAUAGAGGAUACCGGCUGUGGGCUGCUCGAGUGCUUGGACGAGCGUUCGCAGCAACUGGGCAAGUCAGUGACGAAUUGCUUCGAGAGCAGAAUAUGGAAGCAAUCCCAUCUCAAUCACAAACUAUGCAAGAUUCAGACCCAUUUCUUGUAUCGAAGGUUGCUAUCUUGCAGGUCCUUUGUGAAACUCUUUCAGGUAGUGACCGUUCCAACUUGGGGCUUGUGGAAGGAACUUUGCAACUUAUCAUGAGCAAAAUUUCUAAAAUCCCAGAUCUCGAACAGUGUGAGAAUGUUAUUCCAUCAUCUCUUAUGAAGGCACUCAUCUGGGAACCCUAUCAUUGCCCUACUAUUCCCACUCGUGUUCGUCAAACCACGAACAACAAAUCUUGGCCAACCCUAAAACUUGAAAUACCAACGACAUCUACUCAGUGGGCUAGGGACUUGACAUUAGCACUGGCAAGUUCAGCUGAAGAUGAUCCUGUUAUCGGUCAUCUGAGUGAAGUCCUCUUUAAUAUACCUGAUAUAUCUGUGAGGCUCCUCCCGUUUGUUCUACAUGAUGUACUACUCUUGGAAAGCGGGCAGAAACAGGUGUGUCGAGAGAAAGUCUCGAAGAUUUUCAAUGACGUUCUUCAUACUAUUACUGAAGCGACUAUUGCGCAUGGCCAAAUAGUCUUGAAUGCAAUUCUCUAUCUUCGUCAACAGCAGAGACCGCAAGAGUCAACAAUAGUUGAACGUGAAGAGUGGUUGGAUAUCGAUUACAGUUUAGCAGCCUCUGCAGCGGUUCAAUGUAGAAUGCAUAAAACUGCUUUGAUUUUCAUCGAAAUUCAGGCUUCUCGAACUGUCAGCACUAGUCGUCGAUCUUCUAUUGUGAAAUACUUGCCUCCAACAGAUUUAUUGCAUGAUGUUUACAGGAAGAUAAGCGACCCCGAUCUGUUUUAUGGAAUACAACAAGAUGCCACUCUAGAGUCAGUCAUGGAGAAGCUAGCAUAUGAAGGCGCAGGUUUCAAGAAUUUGAUUUUCCAAGGCGCUCAGUAUGACAGCGACCUACGACUAAAUGGCGAGGGAAACACCUAUGGGGUAUUCAAAGCUCUUAACGCAACCAAUCUUCAUGGUGUUGCUAGUGCCAUGCUUGCUAUUCCAAAUAAUGCAGAAGGAGCGGCUACAAAUACAGAUCAUUUAUUAUCAACAGCCAUAAGCCUACAACAAUGGGAUAUUCCUGCCCUACCAUCAAACAGCUCUGCCAUGAGCGUUUUGUUCAAGGCAUUCCAGAAUCUCAACACUGCUAGCGUGAUGAAAGAUAUUCUCAAAUUCAAUGAUAAUUGCUUCCUAGAAAUUCUUGAUCAUUCCCAGGACAGAAAUCGUUCUGUGACAGCGCUGCGUGAUUCAAUGCGAGCACUUGGCCUCUUGACUGAAGUGGAUGACAUCCUACGGUCUACCACCCCAACGCAGAUAGAAGAUCUGUGGAAUAGAAUUACAUCAAGGACGUCUUGGUUUCAAACUGAAAAUUUCCAGGACAUUGCACACAUUUUAUUCUGUCGAAGCGCCCUCUUCUCAUCUAUCAAUAAGCGGCCUUAUGUGAAAUCCGCUCUCAAGUUGACAUCGCGUAUGUCGCAGCUUUUUGAAGCCAAGGCUCUGAGAGAGUCCUUCCAAGUGAGCCGAGAUCUUGAAGGAUCCCAAGAAGCUUUAAAAUCUGCUAUUUCACUUUCAAAACUAGUGAAGCCGUGUUCGGAACUUGGUAUAAGUAUAGAAGGAGCAGCAAAAUUUGAUAUGGCCAACGUUCUUUGGGACCAGGGUGAAAUGACUACUUCCAUUCGCAUGCUACAACAACUGAACGAGCAGGGCGACCUCCAAAGACAGGCGCUUGUGGUUAGUCGGGCAGAAGUUCUAGCUAGUCUAGGACACCAUGUCGCAGAAGCACGCCUGGAGAAACCUGAUGCCAUAAUUGAGGAAUAUUUAGUGCCUGCGGUGAAGGAGCUUCGGGGCAAUACCGAAGGCGAAGAAGCUGGUGGUGUUUUUCACCGUUUUGCGUUGUUCUGUGACCAGCAGCUUUUAAAUCAGGAUAGCCUGGAAGAUUUUAAGCGCAUUGAACAGCUUCGUGACCGCAAAGAACAAGAAGUUAUAGCCCUUCAGCAAAUGAUGAACGUUGCUGAUGGUAAAGAAAAGAAUCAGUUAAAGAUGCAUUAUAACAAAGCAAAAGGAUGGUUCGAUCUUGAUGACCGCGAGUUUCAAAGGCUCAAAAAUAGCCGCCAAGCAUUCCUACAACAAUGUCUUGAGAACUACUUGCUAUCCCUGAGAGCAUGCGAUAGCUACAAAAAUGACGCUUUAAGAUUUUGUGCCAUUUGGCUUGACAAAUCUAGCGAUUUGAAAGCAAACGAGUCUGUGGGCAAGUACCUAAGCAAGGUGCCAAGUCGAAAGUUUGCUCCAUUGAUGAACCAACUGUCCUCCCGUCUUCUGGAUCAAUCUGAUUUAUUCCAAAGCCUCUUAUCUGCACUUGUUUUCCGUAUAUGCGUGGACCACCCAUAUCAUGGCAUGUACCAGAUUUUCGCCCAUAGCAAGUCAAAAGGGAGCAGAGACCAGGCAGCAUUAUCUCGUAACCAGGCCGCAGGCAGGGUGGUUGAAAAGCUGAAAAAUGAUGCGUCUGCUGGCCCCAUGUGGAUGUCCAUACAUAAUAACAACAUCUGCUAUGUGAGAUUUGCCACAGAAAAAUUGGACGACAAGAUUAAGAGCGGUGCAAAAGUCCCGCUCAGGAAGCUUCCCACUGGCCUUCGACUAGAACAAGACGUCAACAAUCAAAGACUCCCGCCGCCUAGCAUGAAGAUAGAGCUUCGGGUGGAUUGCGACUACGGUGACAUACCAAAGGUUGUCAAGUUUCAGUCUGAAUUUGCAGUGGCUUCCGGUAUAAGCGCGCCCAAGAUAGUGGCCGUCCUUGCUACCAACGGGCUGCGUUACAAGCAGCUAGUGAAAGGAGGAAAUGACGACUUGCGGCAAGAUGCUAUUAUGGAACAGGUUUUUGAACAAGUUAGCCACGUGCUACGAGAUCAUCGGUCCACUCGACAACGCAAUUUGAACAUUCGCACAUACAAGGUGCUGCCACUCACUUCUAAUGCAGGCAUAAUUGAAUUUGUCCCAAAUACCAUCCCACUGCACGACUACUUAAUGCCAGCGCAUCAGAAGUACUUCCCUCGAGACAUGAAACCCAACGCGUGUCGCAAACAUAUCAACGACGUGCAGACGAGGUCACUCGAGCAGCGGGUGAGAACCUAUCGCCAAGUAACAGAUCACUUCCACCCCGUGAUGCGAUUCUUCUUCAUGGAAAAAUUUAAUAACCCGGAUGACUGGUUCAGCCGGCGACUGGCUUACACUCGGAGUACGGCUGCAAUCUCAAUACUGGGACACGUCCUCGGGCUUGGUGAUCGACAUGGACACAACAUUCUCCUAGACGAGAAAACGGGCGAAGUAGUACAUAUUGAUUUAGGGGUAGCUUUCGAACAAGGCCGAGUUCUUCCUGUGCCUGAAGUAGUCCCCUUCCGACUGACCAGAGACCUGGUCGACGGCAUGGGCAUCACCAAGACAGAAGGAGUAUUUCGCAGAUGCUGUGAGUUUACGCUCGAAGCCUUGCGCCAGGAAUCAUACAGUAUCAUGACUAUCUUGGACGUCCUCCGCUACGAUCCAUUGUAUAUGUGGACUGUAUCCCCUCUGCGAAUGAGACGCAUGCAAGAUGACCAAGACGCUGGAGGAGAACCUCCGACAGUACUGGCCGAUGGCGGAGGGGGAAAUGUUGCAAAGAAGAAUAACAACAAUAACAACGAGCCGAGCGAAGCAGAUCGAGCAUUGACCGUCGUAGCAAAGAAACUUAGCAAGACUCUCAGUGUUACGGCAACGGUUAACGAGCUCAUCCAACAAGCUACAGAUGAGAGGAAUUUGGCAGUUUUGUAUUGUGGAUGGGCUGCUUACGCAUAG